CGUGUGUAUACGCUGUUGAUCCAUGUGUGUGCGCGCGUGCACGUCCGCGGGGCAGCUCGCAGCGGUGUGUCUCUGAAGUGAACCCGGCGCUGAAGCAUCCGGGCCCGGACUGCGCAGAGAUGCACACACGCAGCCUCAGCUCCUCGCUGAUGUCAUGGUGAACACACCGCGGAGCUCGUUUCUGUGCGCGUUGCAAUGGCGGUGUUGAAGUGGAGGUGAGCGGCACCGUUGCUCGGGGGGAGUGCGCACUUUUUUUUUCCCUCUCCGGUUUUUCCAGGGGAAACGACCAAGACAGAUAAAUCCGCUUUUUGCUCUUUCUUUCCCUGCUGGUUCUUGUACGAGGAACCAUGGCGACGGGACAGGAUGACAGCUCUGUCCGUGUGGCGCUGAGGAUUCGUCCACAGCUGGCCAGAGAGAAGAUCGAGGGAUGUCACAUCUGUACGUAUGUGAUGCCCGGGGAGCCUCAGGUGAUCCUGGGGAAGGAUAAGGCCUUCACCUACGACUAUGUGUUCGACAUGGACUCCCAGCAGGACGCCAUCUACACCGCAUGCACAGAGAAGCUCAUCGAUGGCUGCUUCGAAGGCUACAACGCCACCGUCUUUGCAUACGGACAGACGGGUUCAGGGAAGACCUACACCAUGGGGACGGGAUUUGAUGUCAACUUUGUUGAGGAGGAGCUGGGCAUCAUCCCCCGCGCCGUCCACCACCUAUUCAAAGGCAUCGAGGAACGCCAACAAGCCGCCCAGGAGCAGGGAAGCCCUGUACCAGAGUUUAAGAUCAAUGCCCAGUUUCUCGAGCUUUAUAAUGAGGAAGUUCUGGACCUGUUUGACACAACACGAGACAUGAAGCAGAAAUCUCACAUCAAGAUUCACGAAGACGCCACCGGAGGAAUCUACACCGUAGGAGUGACCACACGCACCGUGUCCACCGAGGCUGAGAUGAUUCAGUGUCUGAAGCUGGGUGCUCUGUCUCGCACCACAGCCAGCACUCAGAUGAACGUCCAGAGCUCCCGUUCUCACGCCAUCUUCACCAUCCACCUGUGCCAAGUCCGCGUUUGUGCCUCUGACAAUCAAGAAAAUGAGACUGAUAACAAAGUCUCCAACGGAAACUCUGAGCUGGACGAGUACGAGACGCUGACGGCCAAGUUUCACUUUGUGGACCUGGCGGGUUCCGAGAGGCUGAAGAGAACCGGAGCAACCGGCGAUCGAGCCAAAGAGGGCAUCUCCAUCAACUGUGGACUGCUCGCUCUGGGGAAUGUAAUCAGUGCUUUGGGCGACCGGGGCAAGCGGUCCGCACACGUGCCUUACAGAGACUCCAAACUCACCCGGCUCCUACAGGACUCGUUAGGAGGAAACAGCCAAACAGUGAUGAUCGCGUGCAGCAGCCCAUCUGACCGAGACUUCAUGGAGACGCUGAACACAUUAAAAUAUGCCAACCGAGCCCGGAACAUCAAGAACAAGGUCAUGGUGAACCAGGACAAAGCCAGCCAGCAGAUCAGCGCUCUGAGGACAGAAAUAGCUCGACUGCAGAUGGAGCUGAUGGAGUACAAGUCGGGUAAACGCAUGGUGGGUGAGGAUGGUGUGGAGAGCUUUAGCGAUAUGUUCCACGAGAACUCUAUGCUGCAGACAGAGAACGGCAACCUGAGGGUGAGGGUGAAGGCCAUGCAGCAGACCAUUGAUGCUCAGAGGGGGCGGCUCACCCAGCUGCUCAGUGACCAGGCCAACCAGGCCCUCGCCAGGGCGGGUGAAGGAGGAACAGAGGAAAUUGGAAAGAUGAUUCAGAGUUAUAUCAAAGAGAUUGAAGAACUAAGAGCCAAACUCCUGGAGAGUGAAGCUGUCAAUGAGAAUCUGAGGAAGAAUCUGUCUCGUGCCUCCAGCCGUCAGACGUUCUACGGAGGGUCCGGCCCUUUCUCCUCCUCGAUGCUGGCUCCUGAGAAGGAGACGUCUGACAUCAUCGAACUGGCCAAGAAAGACCUGGAGAAACUGAAGAAACGAGAGAAAAAGAAAAAGAAAAGACUCCAGCUGCUGUUGGAGGAGAGAGAGAGGGAGGAAAGGGAGGAGGUGGUGGAAGAGGUUGGGGAUGCCAGUGUCAACAAGGAGGAAAUUCCUGACAACGAGCAAGAAAAGGGAACGGAGAAAGAAAUGUCAGAGCGAGCCAACGAGGACGCAGAAAUUGAGGUCCAGGAGGGAAGCGACCAUGAAGAAGGAGAGGAGGAAGAGGAUGAGGAAGAGGAGGAGAUGGAUGUGGAGGAGAGCUCUGAUGAUUCUGACUCUGAGUCAGACGAAAAAGAGAACUUCCAAGCAGAUCUGGCCAACAUCACCUGUGAGAUCGCCAUCAAGCAGAAGCUGAUUGACGAGCUGGAGAACAGCCAGCGGCGUCUUCACACGCUCAAGCAGCAGUACGAGCAAAAGCUGAUGAUGCUGCAGUGCAAGAUCAAGGACACGCAGCUGGAGAGGGACCGUGUCCUCCAAAACAUGAGUUCUGUAGAGAGCGGCACAGAGGACAAGUCUCGUAAAAUUAAGGUUGAAUAUGAGAAGAAGCUGAGCGUCAUGAACAAGGAACUCCAGAAGCUCCAGUCUGCUCAGAAAGAACACGCCCGCCUGCUGAAGAACCAAUCACAGUACGAGAGGCAGCUGAAGAAGCUUCAGAUGGAUGUGGCGGAAAUGAAGAAGACGAAGGUCCGUCUCAUGAAGCAGAUGAAGGAGCAGCAGGAGAAAAAUAGGAUGAAUGAAUCUCGCAGAAACCGUGAAAUUGCCACCUUGAAGAAAGACCAACGCAAGCAAGAGCAUCAACUGAAGUUACUGGAGGCUCAGAAGAGGCAGCAGGAGCUCAUUCUGAGGAGAAAGACUGAGGAGGUGACUGCUCUGAGGAGGCAGGCCAGGCCUACCUCUGGUAAGGUCAUCAGGAAAGAACCAAUCCAGGACUCCUCCUACAGACCCCCAUCUGGACGCAUGUACUCCUCCAGCGUCACUGGUCCCAACGGAAACCGUUUUUCCUACAGGCGUACAGUCGGUAUUUACUCCACCAGAGUGGCUCGUAAUAAAUGGCAGUCCCUGGAGCGGCGAGUCUGUGAUGUCAUCAUGCAGAGGAUGACCAUCUCCAACAUGGAGGCUGACAUGAACCGCCUCCUCAAGCAAAGGGAGGAGCUGACCAAACGUAAGGAGAAGGUCAUCAGGAAGAGGGAGAGGCUGGUGAGGGAGGAGCCAGAGGCAGAGAAGACACUGCCCCCCCUCAAUGAAGAAGUGGACGCCCUGACGGCCAACAUCGACUACAUCAAUGACAGCAUCGCAGACUGUCAGGCCAACAUUAUGCAGAUGGAGGAAGCCAAGGAGGAAUGUGACACAGCGGAUGUCUCUGCUGUGAUUGGCUCUUGUACCCUUGUAGAGGCUCGUUUCCUCCUCGAUCACUUCAUCUCAAUGGCCAUAAAUAAGGGUCUGCAGGCGGCUCAGAAGGAGUCCCAGGUGAAGGUGAUGGAGGGCAGGCUGAAGCAGACGGAGAUCACCAGCGCUACACAGAACCAGCUGCUCUUUCACAUGCUGAAGGAGAAAGCCGAGUUCAACCCAGAGUUGGACGCCCUGCUGGGGAACGCCCUGCAAGAGCUAGGUAACAUUCCAGCUGAAAAUGGGGAUGAUAGCAGCAGUGAUGAGUCUGCACAGAGCCCUUCAGCAGAGGGAACUACUUUAUCAUCAGACCUCAUGAAACUGUGUGGCGAGACCAAAACAAGGAAUAAGGCUCGUAGGAGGACCACUACUCAGAUGGAGUUACUGUACGCAAACUCUGACUCUGCCCCCGACGCACCCACUGCGGACUUCUCCAGUCCGAUGCUGCCGUUAGCUGAGGCACCAGAUGGGGACAUGGACACGUCAGGCUCAUCAGUCAGGGACUACACCGCUCUCUCCCCUGGCUUUUCCUCUAAAAUGGGCAGCAUUUCUGGCUCCAGAACUUCGCCAGGGGUGGAAAAGCGAGCUCCGGAGCCUUCGCCGCUCUCUCGCAGGAAGACCUAUGACAAGGCGAAUGCAGCAGCCGACAGGGCAAAGGUCAAGGAGAUCAAACACCCAGUCAUCAGGAAACUGAGGAGCGGCCCACCACUUCCUCUCUCCCCUACCGCUCGUCCCAGUAACCACGUCCUCGUGUUUAGCAGUAUGACAGGGUAUCUGGGGCUUACGGAACGUGUCCUGCAGGAUAAGGGCGUCAUUAACCCGGUGCCGUCCACUAAGAGUAGCCGGUCAGCCACGUUGCAGUGUGUCCACGUGGCGGAGGGACACAGUAAAGCUGUUCUCUGUGUCGACUGCACCGAUGACCUUCUCUUCACUGGAUCCAAAGACCGGACAUGUAAGGUGUGGAACCUGGUGACAGGUCAGGAGAUAAUGUCCCUGGCCGGUCACCCCAACAACGUGGUGUCGGUCCGCUACAGCUCCAGUUUGGUCUUCACCGUCUCGACUUCCUACAUCAAAGUCUGGGACAUCCGCGACUCGGCCAAGUGCAUUCGUACGCUGACGUCGUCCGGUCAAGUUAAUGUUGGGGAAGUCUGCGCGUCUAACACCAGCCGAACUGUCACCAUCCCAGCAGGAGAGAACCAGAUCAACCAGAUCGCCCUCAACCCCAACGGGACGGUUCUGUACACCGCCGCCGGAAACUCCGUCAGAGUCUGGGAUCUGAGAAGAUUUGCUUCCACUGGGAAACUUUGUGGUCACCUCGGCCCAGUGAUGUGUCUGACUGUGGAUCAGUCUGGAAGUAACCAAGACCUGGUGAUCACCGGCUCCAAAGAUCAUUACAUUAAGCUGUUCGAUGUGACGGAGGGCUCUCUGGGGAGCAUCAGCCCUACACACAACUUUGAACCGCCACAUUACGAUGGAAUCGAGUCACUGGUGGUGCAGGGGGACAUUCUCUUCAGCGGCUCCCGAGACAACGGCAUCAAGAAGUGGGACCUGGACCGCAAAGACCUGCUGCAGCAAGUCCCCAAUGCUCAUCGGGAUUGGGUCUGUGCACUGGGCGUUGUCCCCGGCUCCCCGGCCCUGCUCAGCGGCUGCAGAGGUGGGGUGCUCAAGCUGUGGCACACAGACACACUAGGGACCCUGGGGGAGCUCAAGGGUCACGAAAGCCCCAUCAACGGCAUCUCUACCAACAGCAGCCACCUGUUCACUGCCUCAGAUGACCGGACUGUGAAGAUCUGGCGUGCAAGCGGUGGACUGGACAGCACCUCAGAGGUGGUUGACAGUGUGGACGAGGUGGCAAGCAUCUGAACAGAGCGCCACCUGCUGGCUUUGACUAUGGAAGGACAUCAACAGCAUCCGGUGAUGCUGCCUCCCUGCACUUUGACCCCUUACCUCUGAAUCCCAAUGCUCAGCCCUAAAACACACCUUCAUUGCUAUGUAACCUUUAUGACUGCGCCAAGAGGAAACACUAACGCCAAUAGCUGUUUUGUUACACUCUGUAUUCUCAGAGGCUUCUGCUAAUCACAUUUACUUCACUGUAUUGGAGUUUGAACGUUGUCCUUUCUCUUCUGCACUGUAGACAGUUCUCUGCCAUGAUAAUAACUCACAAAAUGCUUAAGAGUUUAACACAGCUCUGCAUAAAUCCAGUGCUGUGCCAGGAAAACCACACAACCACAGACACACAACUACCCAGGGGAAGGGUGGCAGUGUGCUGUGGUAGAAAUAAACAGGCGGAAGAGAAGAAGGUGGCAGAGCUAACAGGUUGGUAGCUGGUCUUCACAACCCAGUUCUCCAGUGUCUUUAGAUUGUUUCUCUGCACUUGAAGCAGGACCAAUGUCCCCAUGCUUUUUUUACCCCCACUACUAUCAAAAGUGUCUUUACUUUGUGUGGAAACAACGAAUCCCCUUAACGUCUCUUCCUAACUGGUUGUCUUUGCUGUCCUGCACUGCACUCGUGAACAGAACACACUUUACAGUCACAAACCUGCUUCGAGUUUGACAUUAUGGGGGAUGUGAUUAUUUGCUUGCCUGCUGAGAGUUAUCUGUCUGCAAUGGGAAUGGAUUCAAUUAGCAUUCACUCCUUGGCCAAAUGACUCUGUAUUUGACACAGGUUUUAUUCGCCUCCGAGAUGAGAGAGCACCUUUGUUUUCUGUGCGUUUGUGACGUUGAACGCAACGCACCGGGGAAAAAGACAGAAAGGCAAAUGGCAAUGGAAGAUGAGUCAAUCGCCUUUUUUGCAGGUUUACCUGUGUUUGGAAAAACCUGCGUAUACCUGCCAAUUCCUGCUUAAGAGGUAUGUGAUGAGAAAAUCGCUACCGUAGUAUGUCUGGUGAGGUCAUGUGUCUUUCUGUCAAAUGGAAGGCUACGUCCCUUUUUAUUCUCCGAGCUUAGUUACUUCCUUUUCCAAAACACUGUGGUUUUGGGCAGAAUUUUAUUUAUGCUAAGCUAAGCUGACUGGAUGCUAGCUGCUAGCUUCAUAUUCACUGGCAUUGAGCUUGUCGUCAAACUCUGCGAGCAGGCAAAUAAAUGUAUUUCCCAAAAUGUCGAACUGUUCCUUUAAAAUCUUGAGCACUUGUGAAAACAGACGUGAUAAGUAUUUGACAUUUCCUAAAUAUGAGCAGGAUAUUGUACACCUGUUUCUUUGUAAGUAAAAAGUUGUAUGUUCACUCUUCAUACGUUGCUGUUAACAAUCACUGAACCCACACUACUGAGUCUACGUCUCCUGCUGCUAAGUCAUGUGCUCACCUCCCUUCACCCUAUGAGAGGGCUUCUUGUCGUGGACUCCAGGUGAGGUCCACUCGGUACCGUAGCAAUGUGUAUGUAUAUAUAUGUAAUAGUAUCUUUUAGUUUCUCUGAGAGGAGAGACCUUCAGACUCUGCCCAAGUAGUGAGCCUAACCCCGUGUGAUCGCCACGCUCUGAGACACACUCCCUGUCUCCAUGAUCUGUCUCUGUCACGAUUGUGUGCCGUCACUUUUGAAUGUUCUGUGAAACAGCAGCUGUAGACAUUAUUCAAACUACAUAUCUGAUGUAUGUAAACAAUGUGUUUUGAGAAGAAUCUGACUGAAUGUUAGUUUUGUGGGACCACCGAUCUGAACACAGUCUCCCGCGAGAGGCGAGAGUUACACUUUGGACGGAGCUUUUCCUCCAGUGAGGUGGCAGGUUUGGUUUAGUCGCUAAAGGUUACUGUAACUUUUUUUCUUCUUUGUUUUGUUAUGCUGUCCUUGUUCCACAUUUUGGGCCUUCCCCCUCUGGAGUUUCAGUUGCCAAUCCCAAGCGGCGGACUCUAGCGAUUCUAAUGUCAGAUGCCUGGUGAGAAUAAACGCCAUCUGUCAAAAACAAA